AUGGAGAAGCUUGUAGAACAACUCAUCAAGCAAAAUGAAGCUUUGAUGGCUGCAUUGCAAGAGAAAUCUGACCACAAACAAGAUAGAAUAUCAGUGUCAUUCGAGAAAUUCGAUGAAAACACUGAAAAUUUUGAUUCGUUCAUAGAACGGUUUGAAGCUUUUUUGGACAUUCAAAAUGUUCCAGAGGCAAAACGUGGGAAAGUUCUGAUUUCUACCUUGAAUGCGAGAUUGUAUAAUUUGUUAAAAAAUUUGCUCUCUCCGGAUAAUCCUUCGGAUAAAAAUUUUGCUGAACUUAAACAGGUUCUUAAAGAUCAUUUGAAUCCAAAAGCUUUAAUAAUACCUAGUCGGCAUAUGUUUAUUAAUAGAAAACAACAGGAAGGGGAAUCAAUAAGUAAUUACAUUGCUCAAUUACGCUCGUUAGCAAUUCCGUGUGAUUAUAAGGAAAAUAUGUUAAACACGAUGUUAAGAGAUGUUUUCGUUAGCGGUCUACGAGAUCGUAACAUCUUAGAUCGAUUAUUUCAGGAAGAUGAUAUAGAUUUAGAGAAAACAUUAAAAAUAGCCUUGUCAAUGGAAAAAGCUGUUAAGGGUGCAAAUGAGAUUAUUGGGACAUCCGCAGAAAUGAAAGUACUUAAAACUAUGAAAAAAGGGUUUAAAACGCAGAAACAAAACUUUGUAGCUAAAAAUAAUAAAAACAAAAAUGAAACUUGCUCGCGUUGCCUGGGGACGGAUCACAAUAAAAAUAAUUGUAGAUUUUCCUCUAGUGAAUGCCUUUUUUGCAGAAAAAUUGGACACAUUGCAAAGGCGUGUUUCGCGGCAAAGAAAAAUCGGCAGGUUCAGCAGAAAAAAGUAGAUGCAAAUGUUGAUCCUGAGUUACAAAAUGUAGUUCCUAUUUAUGGAUUUAGUUCAAAAAAUAAUGUGUUAAGUGAGGUAGAACCGAAAAGACCGCCAAUACUGGUUCAAGUUAAAAUUGAGAACAAAACUGUUAACAUGGAACUUGACACGGGAGGAACAGUUUCUGUAAUGUGCAUUAAGGAAUUUAGAAAAAUUUCAAAUAAAGAGAUUCAGCCCACAAAUUUAGUGUUUAAAACAUAUAGAGGUGAUAAACUAGUACCUUUAGGUUACGUCACAGUCAAAGUGGAAUACCAAAACCAAAAAUCGGAUUUGAAUUUAUACAUUGUGAAGGAAAAUUCGGAUACAAUUUUCGGCCGGGAAUGGCUGUAUAAAAUCAAUCUUGAUUGGAGUGCCAUUAAAACGUUAAAAACUUCUAACGAAUUGAGUUUAAAAAAAUUGCUGGAAGAGUAUAAGGAAAUUUUUGACGGCAAAUUAGGUGAAAUAAAUAAUCAUGAGGUAAAGCUGAAUUUAAAACCUAAUAGUCAACCUAUAUUUUGUAGGUCAAGACCCGUACCUUUCACGUUAAAAAAUAGAGUUGAAUCGGAAAUCGAUCGGCUUGAGAAGGAGGGUAUCAUUGAAAAGGUUGAUACUUCAGAAUGGGCAACACCAGUUGUACCCAUUGUUAAAACAGAUGGUUCCAUUAGGCUUUGCGCCGACUACUCUGUAACACUUAACCCUAAUUUGGAAGUACCACAACACCCGUUGCCAAAACUGGAAGAAAUAUUUACAUGUCUUAAUGGGGGUAAACAUUUCUCGAAACUGGAUUUUAGCCAUGCAUAUUUGCAGAUGAGGGUGCAUCCGGAGAGCCAACAUUUAUUAACCCUAAAUACCCAUAAGGGGUUAUACGUUUGCAAACGGUUGAUGUAUGGGCUAAAUUCUGCCCCUGCCAUUUGGCAACGUUAUGUUGAGGGAUUAUUUCUUGGUAUUGAGGGGAUCAAAAUAUUCAUGGACGAUGCUAGAGUAACUGGUUCGGAUGACCAGUCACAUUUAAAAGCAAUGGAAACAUUCUUUAAGAAAUGCAAACAACACGGUUUAAAAUUGAACUUAGCUAAAAGCAAGUUUUUUCAAGAUGAAAUUAAAUUCCUUGGCCACAAAAUUGAUGCCCAAGGACUGCAUAAAACCGAUGAAAAAAUUUUGGCAAUUACGAACGCCCCAACUCCAAAAAACGUCCAAGACGUUAAGAGUUUUUUGGGCUUGGUUAAUUUUCAUGGUAAAUUUUGUCCAAAUUUGGCAACAUUGGCUUAUCCCUUAAACAACUUGACAAAAAAGGAGGUCAAAUGGAAUUGGUCGAAAAAUUGCCAAAAUGCUUUUGAAAAAUUAAACAGGUAA